AUGCAUUGGGCUAUAUCGAACUUUCCAUGGAAACCUUUCGCAAUAUACAUUGCUUUAAUUUUUGGAGUACGCGUUUUAGUGGGAUUUGAAUCAGAUGGUGCAAACUUUGCGUCCGUAGCUAUUUCUGUAUUGUCAACUGUUACUUGCGGUGGCAUAAUAAUCGCCCAUUUCAUAAUUCUAGUAGAAAAUCUCAACAGAGGUGUUGAUAGAAUUAUUGCCACAGAGUUCAUAAAUAAUAGACCUAUGGGUGUAGCCAACUCAGAGAGGAGGAAUGAGAUCUUAAAAAGCACACUCAUUAACGUUAACAAGCAAAUUAUAACCGAAUUGAAGACAAACUAUAUUUUUAAGAAUACUGACAGCUUAAUUUCCUACUAUAAUCGAAUGAUUAGUCUUUUCACUGCAAGAUAUGCAAGGGUUUACAAAGAUUUACCGAUUGAUGGAAUUAAAGGUGAGGAUAAAAUAAUGUUAGUUGCAAAGAAUAUAUACGACGAAGAUUAUGAACAUUUCUGUGAGACUAAAAUUUCGUUAGACACAAUAAAGAAAUACAGCGAAAUUAAGCCUCUAUGUGAAUGCUAG